UUAUUUGCUUAUUUAUUUGUCUAUGCUUAUGCUUGCUUCCUUGCUUGGACAAAGAUGCUCUGCUUAUUAUUUAUGUUUUGUUAAAUAAUAUUCUGGAAUCGAAUUAAGUUAAGAUAUAGGUUAUCUAUGCCAUUACUCAGUAAACCAGAAUCAGAAUAGGCCUAGUUUUAAACUAUUUGUGUGACCUGAGGGGCAAUCUUCCAAAAUGAGUUUAACCAUUUUGCAACAACUCAAAACUACUUUUGGUGAAAUACCUGCAAUAGUUCAUCAAGAUAUGAAGUAUUUAGCAUAUGACAAGAGUACCGAAGAAUUUUGGUGUAGACUUUGUGACAAGUAUAUACAUAUAAACUCACCUAAAACCUUGGAAGCUCAUGUAAAAUCUAUUUGUCACAGGGGACAUCGUUGUCCUCCUGGUAAAGUUAUCCACUCUCUUAAUCUAACCUUUCCAAAACAGAUUCCUCAAAUUGUUCAAAACAACAUUUUAGUUUUGGAUGUUAUAGAAGAAGGAUAUGAGUGUGUUAUAUGCAAAAAAAUUAUACAAGUUAAGCAAGAUCCAAAGAUUUCAAUGAAUAAUUUUUUGUAUCAUUUGACAAGUUUUGGUCAUGAAAAAAAACUUAAAUGUUAUAAUGAACAAUUGGAUGAACUAAAAUGUGUUUAUGGUGAGAUCCCUUGCAUAGUUGGUAACAAUAAACAGUACCUGAGAUUGGACGUGAGUGGUAAAAGGUAUGAAUGCACGCUUUGUAAUACAUUUUUAAAAGUUAACGUAAACAACAUGGGAAAAACUGAAACUGAAUUUACUGAACAUUUUCAAUCAACUCAUCAUUUGUGGGCUGCAAAAAGGAGUAAAGUACUGUCUUUGGUUCCCGAGCUCCAGUUCACAAGAAUUCACACGUAUAUAACAAGAAACAUAGACUACAUAAGCAAUAAUGGUGCUGAUUUGUAUUGUUCUUUAUGUUUUGAAAACAUAAAACGCUAUCCUCACAACCCUCAUGAAACAGAAACAAAUUUGAAACAUCAUGUAUUGUCCUCAUUUCACAUGGAAAAUAUGUAUCGUAGGCAAUCAGAAAAUAAUGAAAAACUUGAUAAUCUCAUUCAAGUUAAUGGAUUGUUUACAGAUGAAGUUCUCAGGAAUUUAAGGCAUAUUGAGUUGAAUGAUGGUAUUUUCAUAUGCAGUGUUUGUAAUGAAGAAUUUAACGCAGAGUUUGAAUGUAAUGAGGUGAUUUUUCAUUUAGAAACCAGUUCACAUCGAAGCAACGUAUCGGAGAAAGAAUCAAGGUGUGAUGAUUUAAUAGAUAGCCUUAACAAUGUACUUAGUGAAAUGCCUCAAUCCAUUGAAGAGAAUCUGAAACACAUUGACUUUGUUAUUGGAAACAAAUUCUGUUGUACUUUGUGUGAAGUAGUUGUCUCAUGGGUGAACCUUGAAAGUCACUUGGAUGGCAGAAGGCACGCUGAGGCUGUAGAACAUUACGAUAGUUCUUCAGAUUUAUUACAUGAACAUUUUGAGUAUGUUUUUGGAGAAAACUAUGAAGACGAAAUGCCUGAAUGUGUAAAUAACAAUUGGAGUCUUAUUGGUUAUGACAUUGAUAAUGGGACAUUUUGCUGCAGUUUAUGUGAAGAAUCUAUUAUUAUUGAUGAGGGAACUAAAAAGGAACAAAUAACAUGGCAGAAUUUAAAAAUGCACUUUCUUUCCAGAGAACACUCUAAUAAACUAAAACUGAAGGCAAAAAGACUAAUGGAAACUUCUGAUAAACUAGAUUUAUUUUUCAUAAGAGUUCCAAAAUGCAUUUUAAAUAAUGCGGCAUGUCUCUCCGAAACAGAUAACUCAUUUUUUUGUGACAAAUGUUGUGUUGAAAUUCAACUUGGGUGCUCUGAAGAAACAUCAAUAAAGAACUUUAUGCAACAUCUUAACGGCUUUAAUCACAAAUCUAUCAUUGAAAGUAUUGAAAAGUCAAUUGAUAAUGCUUUCCAAUAUCUGGACGAGGAAUUUGGUGUACCAGAAAGUCUUUUGAUUGAUAUUGACCAUUGGGAUAGCUCACAAGAUGAUGCAGAUUUAUAUUGUACAUUGUGCCAACUAGAUUUGUCUGUUGAUCUUGAUGACUUGAAACAAUCAAGAUGUUAUCUUGAAUGUCAUGUAAAUUCUGAUUUACACAAGUCCAAUAUGGAUGCUUUAUAAGUACUUACCUUACUAUAGUAAAAGUUUCAUAUUUAAAAAAGAAUAAAGAACUUAAAAUUUAAGUUUUACUUUUACCAUAAAGAAUGUUGGUUGUGGUAAGUGGUUGAGUUGUAAUAAUUCCAAAAGUUGCUUCAAUUUCUAAGGUCUUAUUCUCUGUAGGCCUACUUUUUUGUUGAUUCAUAGUCUGAAGAAACACCAGAACUACAUUAUCACAUAGUUUGUUACAGUUUGAUACUUUAGACUGAAAAAGCUGUUAUCUAUCUGUAUUAGCUAUAGUUUUCUUAUUAAGUGUUUUUAGAAACAUAAUGGGCAAGUUCUGAAUACAAAAGAGUAUAAUUUAGUUACUUAACAAGCCUAUUGGGUACCUGUUCCACUUAACUAAAAUCAAUAAAUAUUAUUUUUGCUAGCCUCAGUAAAAGACAUUUUAAGUUUUGUAUACCAAAAUUAUGUUGAGAAAAUAGUUUCUGUAAUUAAUUGCUGAACCUGUUUAAGGACUGUAGUAUGAGCUCCUGUAAAAGACGUUUUAAAUUACCUGUGUCCGCCAAUUGAUCAAUACCCUUUUUGGAUUGCCUAUAUUGACCCGGAACAACAACAAGCAAUACAAAUAGAUGUUUUUUUAAAUAUUAGAAUUGCAUUUAUCUUACACUAUAAUCACAAAUGUAAUUUGUUUAGCAUUAAUGUGCCAAGAUUGCAUUCUUUGUUUUGUAAUGUCUGGAAGUAAUACCUGUAGCUUUAUCAAUGAAAAUAACUGCCAUAUCAGGGCGGGCAGGUAUAUUUUACUUUGUUGUAUUAGGUUUAAAAGAGACAUAAAUAUUGUUCACACCCCGAAUAAAGCCUUGUAUUGACAGA